AUGCGGAAAAGAAUAAAGGAUCAUAUAGAAAAUUGUAUCACUUGUCUAUUAGCGAAUGCGUCACAACAUGGCAAUGAAGGAGAAAUGCAGAUAGUUUCUGUUGCCUCUGCUCCAUUGAAGACAAUGCACGUAGAUAAUUUUGGUUCUUUGCAGCCGUCUGACGAAGGUUAUAAAUAUAUUUUGGUAGUAGUAGACGCGUUCACGAGAUUCUCUUGGUUGUUUCCUUCGCGCACUACAGGAACACGCAAAACCUACAAAUUAAUGCGUAUGAUAUUUGAUGUAUUCGGUGCUCCAAAUUGUUUGGUCUCUGAUCGAGGUACAGCUUUCACUUCGUCUGAAUUUGCCGAGUUUAUGAAAGAAUACCAAAUUAAUCAUCAGAAAGUAGUAGUAGCCGCUCCUUGGGCUAAUGGAAUAGCAGAACGUGUAAAUAGAUUUUUAAAAUCGUCCCUUUCAAGAACGACGGAAAAGGCAGACUAA